AUGGAUCACAUUAAAAGUCAAUUAUCCAUUGUUGUGCGAUAUUUAUUGGAUGGCAUUCCUCAAGAGCGAUUCUUAGGAUUUUUGGACGUCACUAGCGAACGAACUGCAGAUGCAUUGUUUAAAAUUGUUUGUGACAUUAUUUCAAGUUUAGAAUGUGGUUCUAAGCUUGUUGCCCAGAGCUACGAUGGUAUUGCCGUAAUGGCUGGCCAUUUAGGAGGCCUUCAAGCUAAAGUGAAAGAGAAGUUUAUACAUGCAAUUUUCGUUCACUGUAUAGCACAUAGACUUAAUUUGGUUUUAUCGCGAAGCAUGGAUAAUAUUAUAGAUUGCAAAGUUUUCUUUUUGACGCUUAGUGGUUUGGCUUCUUUCUUUUCAAAGUCAUCGAAAAGAACUCGCGCUUUGGACAUUCACGUUCAAAAAAGGUUUCCAAAAGUUGCUCCGACGCGAUGGAACUACAGUGGACGUUUAGUGCAAACAGUGUUUCAAUACCGUGAUUCUUUGAUACACUUUUUUCAAGACGUUUGGGAUAAUAAAGAAACAUGGGAUGCUAAAAAUAUUACUGCUGCUAAAGGUAACUACGAUUCAUCAAAAUUUCCAUCGGAAGCUUUCAAUUCACUAAAAUUAAAUUAUGGAAAUUUUUUCGAUAUUCCAGCAUUAAAGUCCCAGUUAAGUGUUAUUUAUGAAACAGCUGAAAUUAGUGAUAAAAAGACGCCCAUAAAUGUGUUAAAUUUUCUUAUAACAACUGGUUUAAAUAAGUUCCUUUGUGAAGUCGUCAAGUUGUGUGAAUUGGUACUAACCAUCCCAGCCACAAAUAAUUUAAAAGAUAACUUAAAAGAUAAUUUUAAAGAUAAUUUAAAAGAUAAUUUAAAAGAUAAUUUAAAAGAUAAUUUAAAAGAUAAUUUAAAAGAUAAUUUAAAAGAUAAUUUAAAAGAUAAUUUAAAAGAUAAUUUAAAAGAUAAUUUAAAAGAUAAUUUAAAAGAUAAUUUAAAAGAUAAUUUAAAAGAUAAUUUAAAAGAUAAUUUAAAAGAUAAUUUAAAAGAUAAUUUAAAAGAUAAUUUAAAAGAUAAUUUAAAAGAUAAUUUAAAAGAUAAUUUAGAAGAUAAUUUAAAAUAUAUUUUAAAAGAUAAUUUAAAAUAUAUUUUAAAAGAUAAUUUAAAAGAUAAUUUAAAAGAUAAUUUAAAAGAUAAUUUAAAAGAUAAUUUAAAAGAUAAUUUAAAAGAUAAUUUAAAAGAUAAUUUAAAAGAUAAUUUAAAAGAUAAUUUAAAAGAUAAUUUAAAAGAUAAUUUAAAAGAUAAUUUAAAAGAUAAUUUAAAAGAUAAUUUAAAAGAUAAUUUAAAAGAUAAUUUAAAAGAUAAUUUAAAAGAUAAUUUAAAAGAUAAUUUAAAAGAUAAUUUAAAAGAUAAUUUAAAAGAUAAUUUAAAAGAUAAUUUAAAAGAUAAUUUAAAAGAUAAUUUAAAAGAUAAUUUAAAAGAUAAUUUAAAAGAUAAUUUAAAAGAUAAUUUAAAAGAUAAUUUAAAAGAUAAUUUAAAAGAUAAUUUAAAAGAUAAUUUAAAAGAUAAUUUAAAAGAUAAUAAUUUAAAAGAUAAUUUAAAAGAUAAUUUAAAAGAUAAUUUAAAAGAUAAUUUAAAAGAUAAUUUAAAAGAUAAUUUAAAAGAUAAUUUAAAAGAUAAUUUAAAAGAUAAUUUAAAAGAUAAUUUAAAAGAUAAUUUAAAAGAUAAUUUAAAAGAUAAUUUAAAAGAUAAUUUAAAAGAUAAUUUAAAAGAUAAUUUAAAAGAUAAUUUAAAAGAUAAUUUAAAAGAUAAUUUAAAAGAUAAUUUAAAAGAUAAUUUAAAAGAUAAUUUAAAAGAUAAUUUAAAAGAUAAUUUAAAAGAUAAUUUAAAAGAUAAUUUAAAAGAUAAUUUAAAAGAUAAUUUAAAAGAUAAUUUAAAAGAUAAUUUAAAAGAUAAUUUAAAAGAUAAUUUAAAAGAUAAUUUAAAAGAUAAUUUAAAAGAUAAUUUAAAAGAUAAUUUAAAAGAUAAUUUAAAAGAUAAUUUAAAAGAUAAUUUAAAAGAUAAUUUAAAAGAUAAUUUAAAAGAUAAUUUAAAAGAUAAUUUAAAAGAUAAUUUAAAAGAUAAUUUAAAAGAUAAUUUAAAAGAUAAUUUAAAAGAUAAUUUAAAAGAUAAUUUAAAAGAUAAUUUAAAAGAUAAUUUAAAAGAUAAUUUAAAAGAUAAUUUAAAAGAUAAUUUAAAAGAUAAUUUAAAAGAUAAUUUAAAAGAUAAUUUAAAAGAUAAUUUAAAAGAUAAUUUAAAAGAUAAUUUAAAAGAUAAUUUAAAAGAUAAUUUAAAAGAUAAUUUAAAAGAUAAUUUAAAAGAUAAUUUAAAAGAUAAUUUAAAAGAUAAUUUAAAAGAUAAUUUAAAAGAUAAUUUAAAAGAUAAUUUAAAAGAUAAUUUAAAAGAUAAUUUAAAAGAUAAUUUAAAAGAUAAUUUAAAAGAUAAUUUAAAAGAUAAUUUAAAAGAUAAUUUAAAAGAUAAUUUAAAAGAUAAUUUAAAAGAUAAUUUAAAAGAUAAUUUAAAAGAUAAUUUAAAAGAUAAUUUAAAAGAUAAUUUAAAAGAUAAUUUAAAAGAUAAUUUAAAAGAUAAUUUAAAAGAUAAUUUAAAAGAUAAUUUAAAAGAUAAUUUAAAAGAUAAUUUAAAAGAUAAUUUAAAAGAUAAUUUAAAAGAUAAUUUAAAAGAUAAUUUAAAAGAUAAUUUAAAAGAUAAUUUAAAAGAUAAUUUAAAAGAUAAUUUAAAAGAUAAUUUAAAAGAUAAUUUAAAAGAUAAUUUAAAAGAUAAUUUAAAAGAUAAUUUAAAAGAUAAUUUAAAAGAUAAUUUAAAAGAUAAUUUAAAAGAUAAUUUAAAAGAUAAUUUAAAAGAUAAUUUAAAAGAUAAUUUAAAAGAUAAUUUAAAAGAUAAUUUAAAAGAUAAUUUAAAAGAUAAUUUAAAAGAUAAUUUAAAAGAUAAUUUAAAAGAUAAUUUAAAAGAUAAUUUAAAAGAUAAUUUAAAAGAUAAUUUAAAAGAUAAUUUAAAAGAUAAUUUAAAAGAUAAUUUAAAAGAUAAUUUAAAAGAUAAUUUAAAAGAUAAUUUAAAAGAUAAUUUAAAAGAUAAUUUAAAAGAUAAUUUAAAAGAUAAUUUAAAAGAUAAUUUAAAAGAUAAUUUAAAAGAUAAUUUAAAAGAUAAUUUAAAAGAUAAUUUAAAAGAUAAUUUAAAAGAUAAUUUAAAAGAUAAUUUAAAAGAUAAUUUAAAAGAUAAUUUAAAAGAUAAGAUAAUUUAA